CCACGCCAAUGUCCUCCAAACUUGCUACGGCCCUUAGGCAGCCCGGACUGAGGCGAUCAGUCCACCCUUUCUGCUGCGGCCCAUCAAUAGCGCACUACUCCGCUACCGCCUCCCAAACAACGCCUACUCCGGAAUCCGGUUCCACUUUCUCUCGUCCAACACGCCCCAACCCCGCCAGUUCGAAAACCACGCAUUACCGCAUCACUCUCCGGCGCUCUGCGAUUGCCCUGGGGAAGGCCAAGCAGGCGACCCUAGUCACGCUCGGCCUGCACCGGCGCUUCCAGACGGUGUACCACCCGCACACGCCGGACAUUGCAGGCAAGAUCCUGGCGGUGAAGGAGCUGCUGGAGGUGCAGAACGUCGCGCCGGCGGAGGUGCGCACGAAGGAGGAGAUGACGCGGGAGCGCAGGGCGACGCGGGGCUUCAGGGUUGUCGGGAGGAGGCUGGGCGUGGUGGGCGGGACGGCAGGUGCGGGGUGGUGGCGUGGCCUGUAGACCGCAUGAUGUGGGUAUGGGUGAGGGGCGGUUGACGUUGCUGAUUCACGCUCGGAAUCGUGUCCGCGUGGCUAUUAUUCUGUGUUCUUCCCUCCUUGAACGACUGCAAUUACGGCGCGUUGUGCUACGUGGUUGUUGACUUCCUGCUUGCAUGACUUUUCGUCGCAAAAGUCCGUCCGGC